AUGCAAACCAUUUACACAAAGAUCACACCAAAGCCAAGAAGGAAGUCUGCCUCUUCCAAAGUGGAAGCCAAAGCCAAAACUUUGAAUGCCAAGAAAUCAGAGCUGAAAGGUGUCUACAAACACAAAAAGACCUGUGCAUCAUCACCUCCUCUGAAGAGUGUCUCCAAGAGAAACAAACUUGACCACUGUGUCACCAUCAAGUGCUCUCUGACCACUAAGUCUGCCAGGAAGAAGAUAGAAACUGAGAACACACUUAUAUUCAUUGUGGGUAUCAAUGCUAACAAGCACUGGAUUGAACAACUUGCAAAGAUGCUCCAUGACAUUUAUGUGGCCAAAGUUAACACCCCUACUAGGCCUGAUGGAGAGAAGUUUGAUGUCCAUCUGACUCCUUAUUAUGGUAUUUGGAUGCUGUUGACAAAAUUGGGAUCAUCUAAAUAA